AUGUUGCUGUGGUCUCUAGUCAGCACCCAUGCCUGGGGCCCUGUCACUUUCCUCCUCAUUCUGGUCUUCCUGCUUAAACUGAGUGUGAGGCUCUGGCUUAAGUGUCAUCUUUGGGACCUGCAGCAUUGUUCGACAGACCUGACCGGGAAGACGGCUGUGGUGACUGGGGCCAACAGUGGCAUAGGGAAAGCUGUGUCCCAGGAGCUGGCCCACCGUGGGGCUCGUGUGAUCCUUGCCUGCCGUAGCCGUGAGCGUGGACAGCGGGCCCUGGCUGAGAUCCAAGCAGCUUCAAAGGAUGCCUGUCUUCUGCUUGGGGAGGUGGACCUGAGCUCCAUGGCCUCUGUCCGGAGCUUUGCCCAGUGGCUCCUGCAGGAAUGUCCUGAAAUACAUCUACUGGUCAACAAUGCUGCAGUCUGUGGACUCCCCAAGACACUAACCCCGGAGGGCCUUGAACUGACCUUUGCUACCAAUUACAUUGGGCCCUUUCUGCUCACAAACCUACUGCAAGGGGCGCUACAACGGGCGGGAUCAGCCCGAGUGAUAAAUGUGUCUUCCAGUAUGCAAACAAAUGGAUACUUUGAUGAGAAACAUCUGACAGGGGCUGGUAGACCCUUGACCUUCAACCAGAACUAUUUCUGCAGCAAACUUCUUUUGACAUCAAUCACUGGGGAAUUUGCCCGGAGACUUCAAGGGACAGGUGUGACUGUGAACUCUGUGCACCCAGGUAUUGUAUACACGGAGAUCAUGAACAGCUUUUCUUGGUCAUACCGUUUCCUCUUCUGGCUCUCCAGCUUCUUCAUUAAGGAUCCUCAACAAGGUGCAAACCCAAUCCUCUACCUGAGCUUGGCAAAGGAACUGGAUGGUGUUUCUGGAAAAUAUUUUAGCAGUUCCUGUGUGAUAACUCUUCCCCCUAAAGCUGCUUAUGAUCCUCAUGUGGCCCAAAGCCUCUGGAAUGCCUCAGUCAAACUAACACACCUAGACAAGAUGGACUGAUCCUCAGUGAUCCCGAUCUUAGGGUUCUUAUUUUUUUUAAAUUUUGUUUGUUUCCAUCACUAUUUAUCCCCUCAUAUUCUCUUCCACCUCCCCACCUCCCCCUCCCCCCACCGAUCCCCACACUGCUGUCUCUGUCCAUGAGUCCUUCAUCAUUUUUGCUUGGUCCCUCAGCUCCCAUGCCCACCGUCCCAGGGCUGUCGCCUGCUCCCUCUCGGAGUCUGUCUCUGUUUUGCUGGCUAGUUCAGUUUAUUUAUUAGAUUACACAUAUGAAUAAAAUAAUAUGGUA